AUGGCCGUCACGGAGAACACGGCGCUGUGGCCUUCACCAGAUUCCUCCAUAGACACAGAAGCUGCACAGGCGUCCAGACGUGAACGCAUCUCUGGCGUUUUCUCCACUAGGAUGACGCCGUUCGUGAUUCGCACUGCUACAGUUGCUGGGAUUCUAUUGGCUCUUUCGAUCUCGACCAUUGGUAGAUCAACGCUGUUCGCUACGGUGCAGAAUGCAGCUGAAGAGGUGCAGCUGGCAGCGGCAAUUGAUGGUCGGACUGGGAACACUGGAGCUGGGGAUACUGUGCUGUUUCUACCGGGUUUUGGCGCACCGUUGGAGAAACAGUAUGCUGGCUUGGUUGAAGUCAACAGCACCUACGCAGGCAAGCUGUUCUACUGGUUCUUCGAGACACGUGCACCAAUGCAGGUUGACGAGCGAACGCCUUUGUUACUGUGGCUCAAUGGCGGACCUGGGGCGUCAUCAAUGACUGGUUUGCUUGCGGAGAUGGGACCUUAUCGACUUACCAAAGAACGGAAGCUGAUACCGCACAAAUUUUCGUGGACCAAUGUUGGUCACAUGCUCUUCUUUGACCAACCAGUUGGUACCGGCUACUCGUCUGUGCGCGACCAGGCCGGGCACGUGAAUACGCAGGAGCAGGUGUCAGAACAACUCUAUCGAGGACUCCAAGAGUUUUAUAAGCGUCAUCCGGAGUACCAGCAUAAUCCGCUGUACGUAUGCGGAGAGUCAUACGCCGGCAAAUAUGCUCCGUCAGUCUCGUACUACAUCCAUGUGAAGAAUCGUGGCGCACUGGACGAGGACGACAUCGAAAUCAACUUGACGGGGGUCGCCAUUGGCAACGGUAACAUGUGGCCCGUGUUGCAAACUCGCUCUGUGCCGGACUUCGCUAUCGCGCUGGGGUUGAUUGAUUCACAGCAGUAUGAAAAUGCGAAUGCACAGAUCAGCAUUUGCGAAGAACUGCACCGACAAGGACGCGACGUGGACGCCUUCCAGGUCUGCCAAGCUGUCACGGAGAGGAUUUAUGAGGCCGCAGGGAACCCGUAUAUUUAUGACAUCCGUCAGUCAGGCAACGCAUUCACGGACCUGAGCGCGUUGCUUUCGAGCUUUUUUAACGACGACGCAGUGCGUCGAGCACUGAACGUACCCCCGGGCACAUUGUGGAACUCGGUGGACGGAUCUGCUUACGGCACUUCACCAUCAGCACCGGCACUCGUACGUCACUUGCUGCCGGACGAGAUGCUAGACGUGCCCAUCGAUGUGUUUCGUGACCUGCUGGACAACUACAAGUUCCUCUUUUACGCAGGCAACAUGGACGGCUCGGUUUGCAACAACUUAGGUGUAGGACGAAUCAUAGAUCGACUUGCGUGGACGGACACGGCCAAAUAUCGCGUGGCCAAGCGGCAGCCCUGGAUAGUAGACGGUCACGUCGCAGGACUCGUCAAGGCUGCCGGUAACAUGAGCUUCGUGGUGGUGCUAAACUCGGGUCAUCUGGUACCUACUGACCAGCCGGAGGCUUCGCUGGACAUGAUGCGACGCUUCAUCAACAACGAACCCUUCAGCCCGUUGCAAUAG